AUGAAAACAAGUACUCACGUGUUUGUCCGCCGUGACGCAAUCAAAAACGGUUUAGAUAACCCAUAUCACGGACCUUUUCCAGUAGUUAAACAAGGAGACAAAACAUUUGAAGUCCUUGUAAACGGAAAAGAAGUAACGCUUUUCAUCGAUAGAUUAAAACCUGCGUAUGAGGCAACACUAGCAAUCUUAGAUAAAUUGGAUAUAGAUUCUGCCAGACCAACAGAUGAAGAGGUAGCUAGAAUGUUUGGAUAUGAGGAAGCUUUUUAUGCUGGUACUCUUAGCAGGUGGCAAAAGCUUAAACCGAAAAUUUGGGCUCUAUUUGAUGAACCAUAUUCCUCGUCCCAGGCCAAGGUACCACCGUUCAAUGUGCACCACCGAAAUGUGAAUAUUAACUUUUAA